GCAGACAUGGCGGAAGUGAAAGUGUUUCCAGUGUGCUGUGUGGUGCAGCACUACGCCUGGGGUAAAGCGGGUCUGGACAGUGAGGUGGCCCGGCUGGUGCUCGGUGGAGACCCCCAGGCGCUCAUAGAGGAGGCCAGACCCUAUGCAGAGCUUUGGAUGGGUGCUCACCCCAAAGGAGACGCUCUCAUCAAAGACAACAGGAUAUCCCAGAGGACACUGGGACAGUGGAUUGCAGAUUUCCCAGGGUGCCUGGGGUCAAAGGUCAAAGACACAUUCCACGGGCAGCUCCCGUUCCUUUUCAAAGUGCUGUCUGUCAAAACGGCUCUGUCCAUCCAGGCGCAUCCCAACCGGGAAUUGGCUGCUAGACUGCAUGCACAGUUUCCUGAACAUUACCCAGACAACAACCACAAACCGGAGAUGGCCAUCGCUCUCACUCAGUUUGAAGGGCUCUGCGGCUUUCGGCCGAUGGAUGAAAUCUUGGGCUUCCUCAGAAAUGUCCCAGAGUUCCGUGCGCUGGUCGGUAAUGAAGCCGCAGAGGAGCUCCAGAGCGCCGACGGAGACCCGGGCCGAACGUCUCUCGCUCUGAAGAAGUGUUUCACCAGGAUGAUGAACUGUGAGAAGAAGCUGUUUGUCGAUCAGCUCAACAUGUUGGUCAAGCGAAUCUCAGAGGAAGAGGCUGCAGGCAAAGACACCUCAGGAAGUAAUGGAGAACUGUUGCUACGGCUACAUUCCCAGUAUCCCGGGGACAUCGGAUGCUUUUCCAUUUACUUCCUGAACCGCAUCGUGCUGCAGCCGGGGGAGGCCAUGUUUCUGGGAGCAAAUGAGCCUCAUGCUUAUCUGUCUGGAGACUGUGUGGAGUGUAUGGCGUGCUCUGAUAACACCGUUCGCGCCGGACUGACUCCCAAAUACAUUGACGUGGACACGCUGUGUGAGAUGUUGAAUUACAGCCCGGCUCCAGUCAGUGCCAAAAUCUUUCCCUGCGUGCGGGACAACGCCGACCCCUGCGUCUACCUCUACGACCCUCCUGUGCCAGACUUCACCGUCAUGAGAAUACAGAUCCCCUCCUCGGCGCGGCAGUACACUGUGAGCGCGCUGGACUCUGCCGGGAUCCUGCUGGUCAUCGACGGAGAGGCCGUCGCCACGUCUGCUGCGGCCCUCUCUGACAUCACUCUGACACGAGGCUCUGUGCUUUUCAUUUCAGCCAAUGAGAGCGUCUCUUUACAGGUGACAUCAUCGUCAGGCAUGACCAUGUUCAGAGCCUGCUGCUUACUGUAGGAGACGUCCGCUUCAUAAAAGUCUGUCUGUUCUGUCCUGAUCUAAACCAACCGGUCAAAGAAAGUUCAAGUAGAAAUCAUGUUCCCAUGUUUUUGGCUUCAUCACGAACAUGCAUGACGAAUCACACCAAUUAAAGGGACA